AUGGCCCAAGCUCUGGACUUGGUCCCCUGGCCCCCAGAUACCAGCCCCCUCUAUGCAGCCCCCGCCGUCCUCAUUCCGCUGGAGCCCAAGAAGACCAUGUUAGCUGGCGUGAAGGAUGACCUCUACCACCCCUGCCUGCCAACACUGAGGCGCAUGGACAUGGACUCCAUGGCCAACAGGCUCACCGACCAGCAUUCCAGGACCAGCACCAUGUGCUGCAAAGAGGAUUUCCAAAGGGCGACCUUCACCUUGGCCGGAGUGCCCAGCAGCCCCCUCCCCUCCAAGGGCAUGUUGGAGCUGCGGCGGUCGCUGGGCGGGCGGUACCGCGCGGGGAAGCUGGCUCCGCUGCCGCCCAGCACCAACCAGGAGGAGUGGCCCAGCUACACGCGCGCCAUGCAGGACUGGUCCCGCUUCGUCUCCGCCGCCGGCGAGUUGGCGCUGCCCAGCCUCGGCGGCAAAGUUCUUGGCUUCAGCUGUUAUGCCGUCAGGUACUUAAAACCAGAUGUCACUCAAACCUGGAGGUAUUGCCUGAACCAGAAUCCCAGCCUGGAUCGAUACGGACCGAAGCCUCUUCCUUACAACACCGUGAACACCUACAGGAGCUUUGGAACUGCCCACAGGAGCCCAGUUUAAAACCUAGCCUAUGGAUACAUUCUUGGAUAAAUUUCUCACGCCCGACCUAAAGGAUGUUGCAACGGAUAAAUAGAAUGAGGGAAUUCUGAGCUCUUGGCAAAAGAGCACAUUUAUUUUUUAAAAAAAUUGAAUAUAUUGGGAAAUCUGCCCUGGAUACAGUACAAGUGUAUUUCCCUCCCAAAUUUUGUCUAGAACCCAACAAGGCAUAUUUUAACAAUAGAAAAGCAAAGCACCAAGAACUUUGUUUUGUAUCUGGACAUGGGACCCCAGUUGUCCGAAGGAGCCCGUUUGACACCUCAGCCGCUACAUAUUUUAAUUUUUAUAUUCUUGUUUGGGACUACUUUUAAUUGAUUUUAAUUUUGUUCAUCACCCACUCACCUGAGAUGGGCAGCCAUAGAAAAUAAAUUUAAGUAAGCCAAAUUCAUUUUUAUGGGAUGAUUUGUUACCUUUGUGUUUAUAGUGAUGAACUGAGAAAUCUCUUUCUUAGCGAUUCCUGUGAUCUCAAAAGGAAAGUGCCCCUCCCAGCCAUAGUCAUACGGACCCCUGGCAAGGGACAGG